AUGGGCAUUUUGAUCAAAAUGCGCAUUCAUUUAUGCCUGCCGCCUGACAGAUACAACCCUCUAAUCCCGAUGUACAGAGAAAAUAUUUGUUCUAUGAGAAGGAUGGAAAUGAAACCGCACGGCGUCUUCUUUAGAAGAGCCUAUGGUAGACCGAUCAUCAAAUACGUUUCCUUUGUCGAAUGUACUGCAUUUAUAUACAAAUCUCGAGAAGAAGAGUUUCUCGGGUACUUCUGGAGGCGCAAAAGCACAGCUUGCGUGUUAGGGUCAGUGCUGCGGUUGCAGCAUGUCUUUCUAUCGGGUCAAAGAAGUUGUGCGAGAUGA